AGUUAUCAUUACAUAUUUUGUGUUCAGGAAAAAGAGAAUUUCAGAAGGAAAAUCAGCACCUACUACAAGAACAUCAAGGAAACGGAGAAUGGAAACAUGUGUAGAUGAAGAUAAAAUUAUGAAAAGAGAAAGAACAUCGCCCCAUGGUGACGGUGAUGCAGAGAACUUAGAACAAGAAGUAAAAUUGUUAACACGGGCACCAUCACCUAAGCGAGUUAUGAGGAUGUAUGCAGAUGAUGUUGAACAGCAAGUAAAGAACAUAAGAAAACUCUCAGCACCAGUAGGUUUGCAAGUUGUUAUAGAACCAGACCAUCAUCACACAAACAAUCGCAUUGGAGGAGAGAUGAAUAAUUCAGGAAUUAUCCGACGUAUAGGAAGACAUCCUCAAAGAGGUGCAUUUGAGGGUGCUAAAAGAUCAGAACAUAACUUGUUCCCUGAUUUGCGAGGAAAGCUAAAUAACAAAAAAACUGGUAGAAGACUACUUUCUGAAAAUUCCAAUAUAUCUGUCGAAAUCGGGGAUGAUUUACAGUGAUUUAGGAAAACAUCAGAAAGACACGAUUUAAAACCUUUCUCAUAAAGUGCAGGGAUAUUUGAAAGAGGUUCCUUUAAUGAUUAUAAGAUCAAGAUUUAUUUAUUCUGUCAUACUUAUACUUAUAUUCAUAUGGUUUAUUGAAUUUUUACAUUGAAUUGUGUAAGCGUUUGGCACAGUGGUUGAGGCUCAACCUUGUGGUCGGAGGUUCAAAACUCUCGCUGUGCAGAUCGCUUGUGUCCUUGGGCAAGACACUUUAUCUGAGUUGUCUCUCUGCCCAGGAGUAUGAAUGGAUACUGGCAUAUGCUGGGAAGGUAAACAGACUUGCUGUGAGAAUAAUAUUCAUUCUAUUUCCCUACAAUCCUUUAAAAAUCUAAUUUAAUUUACCAAUCUUU